AUGGCUGAUGAUAUGGAUCACGACGGCGAUAGCAAUGCUAUAAAUGAGAUCCCUCCGGUUUCACAAGACGAAAUAUUAGAAGAAAUUUCAUAUCUUAAGAUAAAAAAAUCGCCAGGCUACGACCUCAUUACUGCUGAAAUAUUGAAACAGCUCCCGAACAAUAUUAUUGCUGUAUUGACGAAUAUCGUCAACACCACAUUUAAGCUGAAAUAUUUUUCAAUAUAUUGGAAAACAGCGGAAGUCGUUAUGUUCAAUAAGCCAGGUAAAGAUACUCACGAUAAAAUCAUUUUCGUCGCUUUAUGCCUUGGGGUAGCAGUUGCAGCUCUUCCCUUACAGCAGCAACAACACCGCCUAGCCCGCGAUGUAUCCGAAAUUGUAGCAGCCGAACCAGCGAAAGAAUAUCUGCCACCGGCACCUGUGGCUGCUGAAUCUAUGCAAAGCAUCUAUUUGCCACCUGUUGAAUCAGUGGGAGCAGCAGAACCAGUAAUUGAAAUGGAGCCUAAGCCAGUUGUUGCAGAAGAGUCGUCACCAGAUACCCGUGAAGCCAAUGCUGCAGAAGAAGCUGAAGUUGUGGAAGCCGCCACCGAAGCUGUGCCUGAAACAGCCGUGUUUGGUGAGAAUGGCUACGAAUAUCGCACUGUACGCAAGCUUAGACUACGUCAACGUCGUGAUGUCUCCCAUCUGAACCUCGGCUAUCUGCCACCAGUAGCGAAUCCGCGCUUACCAUCCACUUAUUUGCCACCACAAUUGGAUGUACCACAAGAAUUACCACAAUUGAAAAUUUCUAAUGAAUAUUUGCCGCCAGUGAAUGAAGAGUUAGUAUCUGAAGAGCCCACAACUGAAACAGUUGAUACUGAAGCACCGGAAACAGAAGAACCAACCACCGAAGCAUCCCCUACAACAGAAGCAAUGUCCGUAGAGAUAGCUGUUUUUGCUGAUGAUGGUUACCAUUAUAAAAAGCCAGCAGUUUCACCCGAUCUAGGUAUGGAACCUUUGGUAAAAGUGGCUGAACCCGAUACAGCGCCAGAUGUACCAGAAGGGCAUGUAGCCCCAGAAUCACAGCCAGAAGCAGUAGAGGCAGCUGAAGUUGAAUCGGCACUUGAACCCGAACAGCAGCCAGCAGUUGAGCAAACUCCAGAAGAAGAACAAAUAAAUGAAGUUGAGCCAGAACUCGCCUAUCUACCACCACUUGAACCAGGUGUAGUAGAGGCGCAGGGUCCAGGACAGGAAACAUCUGCCCUUCUUGACGAUGGCUAUCAUUACCGUGUUGUGAAGCGCGUCAGAUUUUUCUAG